AUGUCUCUGACCGCCAGCAACCUAGGGGGCAACCCUGAGAAGGAACCCGAGAGGUCCCCUUCCGUGACACCAUCGGCGUAUGAAGAGGCCAAGAAGGAGUAUGGCUCGACCACCGACGUCGAUGAAGAGGCACAGACGCAGACGCAGCCGGACAAGGGUGUCGAGGACGCCGCACCGGCGGAAGAACCUCAGUACCCUACAGGCAUGCGCUUGACAUUCGUCUUCGUCGCCCUCAUGCUUAGCAUCUUCCUUGUUGCCCUCGACAUGACAAUCGUCGGCACAGCCAUCCCUAAGAUUACCGACGAAUUUAAGCGCCUGGACGAAGUGUCGUGGUACGGCGCCGCCUUCUUCAUGACCGUCGCCGCCUUCCAGUCAACCUGGGGCAAGGCGUACAAGUACUUCCCGUUGAAGAUUAGCUUCCUCAUCUCGAUCGCCAUCUUCGAAGUUGGUUCGCUCAUCUGUGCCGUCGCCCCGACCUCCAUCGCUCUCAUCGUCGGCCGUGCCAUCGCCGGCGUUGGUGCCGCAGGUAUCGGUUCCGGAGCCUACACCAUCAUAGGAUUCGCCGCGCCUCCGGCCAAACGCCCCGCAUACACUGGUGCUAUCGGUGCUUCAUACGGUAUUGCCUCGGUCAUCGGCCCCAUCGUUGGUGGCGUUUUUUCCGACCACGUCACUUGGCGGUGGUGCUUCUACAUCAACCUCCCCAUCGGCGCCGUCUCUGCUGCAAUCAUUCUGUUCUGGUUCCAGACACCUCCUCAUGCCAUUCCCGUUGAGGCACCUCUGAAGGAGAAGAUUCUUCAGAUGGAUCCCCUUGGCACUGCCCUCAUCAUGGCUGCCACCAUCUCUUUCCUGCUCGCCUUCCAGUACGGCGGCGUUGAACAUGCUUGGGACUCUUCUGUCGUCAUUGGCCUCAUCGUCGGCUUCGUCCUCAUGGCUAUUGCGUUUGGUGUACUUCAAUGGUAUCAAGGCGAGCGCUCCAUGAUUGCCCCGCGCCUCAUCAAAGACCGCACGCUAUACAUCUCCAGCAUUUACAUGUUCUUCUACGCUGGCGCCUACUUCACCCUGAUCUACUAUCUUCCCAUCUACUUCCAGUCGGUCGACAACCAAUCCCCCACGCAAUCCGGUGUGCGCAAUCUGCCUCUCAUCAUCGGUGUCACCAUCGCUACCGUUAGUUCUGGCAUUUCAAUCACCAUGUAUGGGCACUACACACCCAUCCUCGUCGUAUCCGCUGCCGUCUCUACUGUGGCGGCUGGCCUUAUUUACACGCUCGACAUUGGUAGCGGCAGCGGCGAGUGGAUUGGUUACCAGGCUCUCGCUGGCCUGUCCUGGGGCGCCUCGUUCCAGAUUCCGAUGAUCGCCGUCCAGGGUACCUCGACACCCGAAGACCUCGCCUCGAAGACAGCUAUUCUGCUCUUCUUCCAGAUUAUCGGCGGUGCUUUCUACGUUGCAGGUGCUCAAGCUGGUUUCCUCCAGACCAUCCUCAAGACCCUUCGCGAUACAGCUCCCCAGAUUUCCCAAGAGCAAGUUAUCUUGACUGGCGCAACUGAAAUCCGCCACGCCUUCCCCACGGACGUUGUUCCGCUUGUCAUCGAGGCUUACAUGGACGGUCUUCGCGUGACGUUUGCGCUUGUUAUUGCCGGCGCGGGUGUGGCCUUCGUAGCGAGCCUUGGGUCCAGGUGGAAGAAGCUCGACACCAGCAACCUGUCUGCUGGCGGCGCGGCUUAA